AUGGAGGAAAGAUGGAGGAAAGAUGGAGGAAAGAUGGAGGAAAGAUGGAGGAAAGAUGGAGGAAAGAAGAGGAAAGAAGGAGAAAAGAAGAAGAAAGAAGGAGGAAAGAAGGAGGAAAGAAGGAGGAAAGAAGGAGGAAAGAAGGAGGAAAGAAGGAGGAAAGAAGGAGGAAAGAAGGAGGAAAGAAGGAGGAAAGAAGGAGGAAAGAAGGAGGAAAGAAGGAGGAAAGAAGGAGGAAAGAAGGAGGAAAGAAGGAGGAAAGAAGGAGGAAAGAAGGAGGAAAGAAGGAGGAAAGAAGGAGGAAAGAAGAGGAAAGAAGGAGGAUAUAAAAUGACCAAAAUGACGUGA